UUACCCUUCAUUUCAAAUUCACAAUACUCUCACAGAUUUCCUGACCUUAUUUAAGUCAUUUAUCCGGACAUCUUUGAAAGAUUCAUGAAAUAAAUAGGCUCCACUCAAUAUACAGUGAUAAUAUAUAAAACUUUUGUUUUAUUUAGAAGCAAAUAUAUCUGCAAUGUACAACUGGACCAUAAUGCUUUUGGAAGCAUGCAUUGCCUUCAUCUGUUUCUGCACCAGGAUGUCAGAAGGAACCUAUGUAACUCAGCCAGCUGUGAUAGUUGCUAGCAGGCAUGGAGAGGCCACACUGACAUGUAACUAUAGCGGUUUUGGAGAAAUGGAAGAGAUACGUUUCAGCCUCCUAAAGAAAACAGACAAACAUGCAUUGGAGAUUUGCGUUUUUUCUUUUAACACUAUGUAUGAACCAGCUGCUAUUGGAGACAGCAUCACAUGUCUAGGCAUACCCAGUACACACAAUGUAACCUUUAACAUCUCAGGCCUACAAGAAAAGGAUACAGGGCUGUACAUUUGUAAGAUGGAAGUCAUGUAUCCCCCUCCUUAUCGGGCUACUGAAGGGAAUGCCACCUUUGUUUACAUCAGUGAUUUGACAUACCAAUGUGCACAAUCCAUGGAGCCAGGAGAAUCCGACAUGUACAACUGGGUGUUACUCACAGUCUUUGUGGUUUUGUUGUUGUAUAGUUUCAUUGUCACAAGCAUCCUUCUCUGUAAGAAAAGAAAAAGAAGAUGGGAUAGUGGACAUUUUGAGCAAAUGCUUCAAUCUCAUUACAAGAGUUAUCAUCCUUAUUAUGUUCAAUUCUGAAUUUUAAAGCAGGUUGGAAACCUUGGUUUUACUGUGUGAAACAACAUCAAUUUUAGCAGUAUCUAGAUAUAUUAUGUUCUUAUGUGGAACAAUUGCUAUAUUAUAGAUCAUUUUGGGCAUCUUGUUGUAAGGUAGAUUUUUGCCUAAAUCCACCUAAAAACCAUGUUGGAUAUUUUUGGGUGUUGAUCAUCAGAAAAAAAAGCACUUAUAGCACAGACAGACACAUGGGUGUCUGUGUAAAUAUGUCACAGGGAUCAUAAUUAAUAUGGCCACUUAAAUAGCAAGAUACUUGAAAAGUACUUACCAGUUACAGCAGUUUGAAUUCAUCACAGCUACUCACUUUUAUACCUGGGACUUUUCAGUAAAAAUCUAAUAUAAACUUUUCUAAUUAUCUUAAUGAAAAACAUAACAAUGCUUUGCUUAACAUAACAUGAAUAUCCUAUAGAUAGGCAGAAAUUUCUGUAUUUGUGUUUGAUUAUAUGGAUUUUUUUAUAGUGGUCGGAUGGCAGCUUUGUAUUUCAGGGAUAGUCUCUGAUUUUAAUGGAUGACAAUAGCCACAGCUUUUCUGGCAAUAUCAGCUGUUUGCAGUCUGUGAGGCAUUCAGCUGAAAAUUCCAGUUCCUACUCCCAGCAUCCCAGCAUUCUCAUUAAAGGAGGACCUCUUUAAAGGGAACCUGUCACACUGAACAUGCAGUGCAAUCUACAGGCAGCAUGUUUAAGAGCAGGAGAGGCUGAGCAAAUUGAUAUAUAGUUUUGUGGGGAAAUUCAGAUUCAGAAUAACUUGUAAUUUUUUUCCAAUAUCUUGGGCUUAAAGGGUAUCUGUAGCCAGUAAAAUUCAUGACCUAUCUUCAGGAUAAGUCAUCAAUAUCUUUGUACGGUACUUAUAGUAGGAGACAGCACACCAGUGGAUUUAUUUGAUUACUUCUUUUAAUUUUA